AUGCUCUGUGUUUGGUGGAACAGCAAAGGUUUGGUGUACUUUGAAGUUCUGGAUUCGGGUCAAACAGUUACGGCGGACAUCUACAAAGAUCAAUUGAACCGCGUGGAUCAAGCACUGCGUCGUCAAGGUGUCGAAACGACGCCGACAAAAUUCCUCCACGACAACGCUCGUCCGCAUGUCGCGAAAAUCACUUUGGAAAAAAUUGAGGAAUUAGGCUGGAAAGUCCUGCCUCAUCCGCCAUACAGCCCAGACCUGGCACCAUCCGAUUACCAUCUGUUCCGGUCGAUGCAGCACUCCGUGGCCGAGAGAAAGUUCACAACCCGCGAAGAAGUCAAACUCUGGGUGUCCAACUACUUUGAGUCGCAUCCGGCCGAGUUCUUCGAAAGAGGAAUCCAUUCUUUGCAUAAACGUUGGCGACAAGUCAUUGAUAGUAAUGGAGAUUAUCUUUUGAAUUAA